AUUGUAUGUGACCGAGGGAGUUUGAAUUGGUUAGGAUGGCGCCCUUUAGGAGGAGCAAAAAACCUCCACCUGAGGGUUGGGAAUUGAUUGAGCCAACAAUUGAGGAAUUAAACAGGAAAAUGCGUGAAGCGGAGACUGAUCCUCACGAGGGGAAACGUAGAGUUGAAGCUGAAUGGCCGAUUUUCCGUAUCCACCACAAGAGAUCCCGAUUCAUUUAUGACCUGUAUCAUAAAAGAAAAGCAAUUUCUAAAGAACUGUAUGAGUUCUGCCUUAAAGAAAAGAUUGCUGAUGCAAACUUGAUUGCUAAAUGGAAGAAGCAAGGAUAUGAAAACUUGUGUUGCUUAAGGUGCAUUCAAUCGAGAGAUACAAAUUUCGGUACGAAUUGUGUAUGUCGAGUUCCAAAGUCAAAAUUAGAAGAAGGAAAAGUUGUAGAGUGUCAAAAUUGUGGAUGUAGAGGUUGCUCUGGUUGAUCAAUGUACUUACAAGUACUAUGUAUUUACUGACUUUUGUAUAUAAACAUGAAAAACAUGACUAAACUUUGUAUGUCAACUCACAUGACAUUUUCAGAAAGUUGUUAACUUUUCUUUAUGAAUAUAUCAAAUGAAGCUGUGUAACAUAUAAAAUCAUAUUUUUUGUAAUCUGUUUAAUAUAUUCUCUUCGGUUUCUAUGAUGUAUGAUAUGAUGCCAGCUUAUAUAAUACAUUUAUACUUUCUUAAGAGGGCAGGACCUGCA